AUGAAGAGCUUCUACCUCGCUGUUCUUAUCGCCCUAGUGGCUCUCAGUGUCAAUGCAGGAACUGCUAAACGUCCCGUUGACGACUAUCGCGAUGACUUUGUCCGGGAGCUGAAGAGUCUCGAUAGUCUACAGAUGUCCCCAUCCGAGGCCCAAAAGGAAGUGAUGUCCCUCUUUGAAAGAUAUGAGGUUGGAUCUGCUCAUCAACGCAAACUACUCUUUUUCAAUCUGAACCUUGGUGACAUGGACUUUGGGGAGACAAUGCUGGAAGCGCUCGUCUUCGUCAUCGACUUGGCCAACGACACCUUGAGCCAAGGAGAUACCGGUGCCGAUACCAGCGAAUCAGCAACGGUUCCAAAUGGAGGAAGUUCAGUAGUCGAGGAAACCCCUGCAGGUCCUGACACAGCGACGAAUGGUGCGGGUCUUGUCAUCGUCAGCGGCCCGAAUGGGAAUGCGGCUCCUGUUCAAGAAGAAGCACUCCCAGCUAGCGAUGGCAAUGAAAAUGGCAAUGGAAAUGACAAUGGCAAAGAUAAAGACGACAAGAAAGGCAACAAGGGAAAGAACAAGGGAGGCAGGAACAGAAGGAAGAGGCGACUGGCGCCAAAAGGAUUAUAA